UGGUGCCGCCGCCGCCCGUCCCUCCCUCCUUCCCGUCCCUCGCUAGCCAUGGAUAGUCUCCGCCGCCUCCGCUGGCCCCCGGCAGCCUCCAUCCCGGCAAGUGUUUGUGCUCCUGGGUCGCCGGUCUUCCCCUCCAUCUCCACCUUCACCUUCACGGAUGCUGCCUGGGUCCUCCCAUGCAAUCCCUGCUCUCUGGCUCUGUAGAAGGUGGGGUGGUGCCUGAUGCCUGUCAUCCCCAUCCCGCGGCGGGUCCGCUCUUUCCAUGGCCCCCACACAACAUGCCUGCACUCUGCCUGUGGGCCGGUCAGGACCACCCACUUGGUGCGCACCAAGUACAACAACUUUGACAUCUACCUGAAGUCCCGGUGGAUGUACGGCUUCAUCCGUUUCUUGCUGUACUUCAGCUGCAGCCUGUUUACCUCCAUCCUGUGGGUGGUGCUGUCUGUCUUGUUUUGCCUCCAGUACCUCAGCAUCCGGGUCUUUCUCCGUUUCCAGUACAAACUCUCCAUCAUCCUGCUGUUGCUGGGAAGGAGGCGUGUGGACUUUAGCCUCUUCAACGAACUGCUCAUCUAUGGCAUCCAUGUCACCAUGCUGCUGGUGGGGGGGCUGGGCUGGUGCUUCAUGGUCUUUGUGGAUAUGUGAAUAAAUAAAAACCAGUGCAUGUCAUUCAAGGAGGCAUGUUGGACUCUAAAUUGG